CGCUCCGAGCGCUCCUUCGGGCACUAGUGCGGCGGCCUCGGCAGCGGGCGGCGGCGAGCAGGAGCCCGAACACGGUCCAGCCGCAGCGCGCAGAGAAGCCCGAGCUGUGCCGGGAGCUGGACGGCAACGUCCGGACGAGACCGACACUCUGCUUAGCGCAUUGCGGUGACCUCGCCUUCCUCUACCGCGAGCGCGCCGCAGCUGGAAAAGCGGCGGAGACCAAGGACUUUUCUGCGGUCCGGGCAGAGCCGCCCCGCAGAGCGCACUGUAGCGGUGCCGCAGUCGGGCUCGCCGCCGCGCCGGGGCCCCCGCAGGGCGAUGGAGCCGGGUCUGCAAGAAGCGUGAGGCGCGGCUGCCGGGUUCUGGAGAAGGGGGGCACGGGGUCUGGAGACCCCCGGCGGCGGACGGGAGCCCUCCCCCCGCCCCGCCUCCGGGGCACCAGCUCCGGCUCCAUUGUUCCCGCCCGGGCUGGAGGCGCAGAGCACCGAGCGCCACCGGGAGUCGAGCGUCGGCCGCGGGGCUCUCGCGACCCCGCCAGCACCCGAACGGAGCCUGGGGGCGGCGGGCUGGAGCCGGGGACGCGGUGCCCUCACUCGCCACGGCGGACUCUCCAGAGGACUCUCCUCAACGCCGAGUGAGAGUCAGCUUGAGAAGAAGGGUUGAGCUCAGGGUGGAGUAUCCAUGGAGGUGUGGAGCCUUCUCACCACCCUCUAACUGCAGAACUGGGAUGUGGAGCUGGAAGUGUCUCCUCCUCUGGGCUGUGCUGGUCACAGCCACACUCUGCGCUGCCAGGCCAGCCCCAACCUUGCCUGAAGAAGCCCAGCCCUGGGGAGCCCCUGUGGAAGUGGAGUCCCUCCUGGUCCACCCUGGUGACCUGCUGCAGCUUCGCUGCCGGCUGCGGGACGAUGUGCAGAUCAUCAACUGGCUGCGGGACGGGGUACAGCUGGUGGAAAGCAAUCGCACCCGCAUCACAGGGGCAGAGGUGGAGGUGCGGGACUCCGUGCCCGCGGACUCCGGCCUCUACGCUUGCGUGACCAGCAGCCCCUCAGGCAGCGACACCACCUACUUCUCCGUCAAUGUUUCAGAUGCUCUCCCCUCCUCUGAGGAUGAUGAUGACGAUGAUGACUCCUCUUCAGAGGAGAAAGAGACAGAUAACACCAAACCAAACCGUAUGCCUGUAGCUCCAUAUUGGACAUCCCCAGAAAAGAUGGAAAAGAAAUUGCAUGCCGUGCCAGCUGCCAAGACAGUGAAGUUUAAAUGCCCUUCCAAUGGGACACCUUACCCCACACUGCGCUGGUUGAAAAAUGGCAAAGAAUUCAAACCUGACCACAGGAUUGGAGGCUACAAAGUCCGUUACGCCACCUGGAGCAUCAUAAUGGACUCCGUCGUGCCCUCUGACAAGGGCAACUACACCUGCAUUGUGGAAAAUGAGUAUGGCAGCAUUAACCACACCUACCAGCUCGACGUCGUCGAGCGAUCCCCACACCGCCCCAUCUUGCAGGCAGGGCUGCCUGCCAACAAGACAGUGGCCCUGGGCAGCAACGUGGAGUUCAUGUGCAAGGUGUACAGUGACCCCCAGCCUCACAUCCAGUGGCUGAAGCACAUCGAGGUGAACGGGAGCAAGAUUGGUCCCGACAACCUGCCUUAUGUCCAGAUCCUGAAGCAUUCGGGGAUUAAUAGCUCGGAUGCCGAGGUGCUGACCCUGUUCAAUGUGACAGAGGCCCAGAGCGGGGAGUAUGUGUGUAAGGUUUCCAAUUAUAUUGGUGAAGCUAACCAGUCUGCGUGGCUCACUGUCACCAGACCUAUGGCCAAAGCCCUGGAGGAGAGGCCGGCGGCGAUGGCGUCGCCCCUGUACCUGGAGAUCAUCAUCUACUGCACGGGGGCCUUCCUCAUCUCCUGCAUGGUGGGCUCCGUCAUCAUCUGCAAGAUGAAGAGCAGCACCAAGAAGAGCGACUUCCACAGCCAGAUGGCCGUGCACAAGCUGGCCAAGAGCAUCCCCCUGCGCAGACAGGUGUCAGCCGACUCCAGUGCCUCCAUGAACUCUGGGGUUCUGCUGGUCCGGCCCUCACGACUGUCCUCCAGUGGGACACCCAUGCUUGCUGGCGUCUCUGAGUAUGAGCUCCCCGAAGACCCUCGCUGGGAGCUGCCUCGGGACAGACUGGUCUUAGGCAAACCCCUGGGAGAGGGCUGCUUUGGGCAGGUGGUGUUGGCCGAGGCCAUUGGGCUGGACAAGGACAAACCCAACCGUGUGACCAAAGUGGCUGUGAAGAUGUUGAAGUCCGAUGCAACAGAGAAAGACCUGUCAGACCUGAUCUCAGAAAUGGAGAUGAUGAAGAUGAUCGGAAAGCACAAGAACAUCAUCAACCUGCUGGGAGCCUGCACACAGGACGGUCCACUGUACGUCAUCGUGGAAUACGCCUCCAAGGGCAACCUGCGGGAGUACCUGCAGGCCCGCAGGCCUCCGGGGCUGGAGUACUGCUACAACCCCCGCCACAGUCCGGAGGAGCAGCUGUCCUCCAAGGACCUGAUCUCUUGUGCCUACCAGGUGGCCCGAGGCAUGGAAUACCUCGCCUCCAAGAAGUGUAUACACCGAGACCUGGCUGCCAGGAACGUCCUGGUGACAGAGGACAAUGUGAUGAAGAUCGCAGACUUCGGGCUGGCCCGGGACAUUCACCAUAUCGACUACUAUAAAAAAACUACGAAUGGCCGGCUGCCCGUGAAGUGGAUGGCUCCUGAGGCGCUGUUUGACCGGAUCUACACCCACCAGAGUGAUGUGUGGUCUUUCGGGGUGCUCCUGUGGGAGAUCUUCACUCUGGGUGGCUCCCCGUAUCCUGGUGUGCCCGUGGAGGAGCUUUUCAAGCUGCUGAAGGAGGGUCAUCGCAUGGACAAGCCCAGUAACUGCACCAAUGAACUGUACAUGAUGAUGCGGGACUGCUGGCACGCUGUGCCCUCGCAGAGACCCACCUUCAAGCAGCUGGUGGAAGACCUGGACCGCAUUGUAGCCUUGACUUCCAACCAGGAGUAUCUGGACCUGUCGAUGCCCUUGGACCAGUACUCCCCCAGCUUUCCUGACACCCGGAGCUCCACCUGCUCCUCGGGGGAGGAUUCCGUCUUUUCUCAUGAGCCAUUGCCUGAGGAGCCCUGUCUGCCCCGACACCCACCCCAGCUUGCCAAUGGCGGACUCAAACCACGCUGACUCCCACCUAUCACUCAGCCUCCCCAGAUUCCAUGGCCAACUGUAACCCUCAACCACAACUCCCUGCUGGGCCCACUGCCUGUCCCUGCCCCCUUUCCUGCUGGCAGGAGCCGGCUGCCUGCUUGCGGCCUCCCUGUAUGGCCCCCUCCACCCCACUGAGCUUGCCUCUCUUCCUCCUCUUCCUCUCAGCCUGCUUCGAGGGAGAGGAGCAGAGAAGCAGGUUCUUGCUGAUGGACACUUUGUUCCUUCCCAAAUUCUGGACCAAGACGCCUCCCUGCCACUGGGCCCUGCUGUUGGGCAGUGGGAGAUGAACUGCGUGCAAGGCAGAGCUUCCCGAGCUUUCCUGUGUCGGUUUUCUUGUUUCACCUUAACCCAUGAGCCCCUUGCAUUCUGGUGGCAGGUGCCUUGUCCUCAGGGCCGCAGCAGUAAGGAGGUCGACGCUUUGGGCCUUGACUGAAGACCACCUCUCCUCCAGAUAGAUGGUGCCAGUAGCUUAUUAAUUCAAUACUAAUUUGCUUUGCUGACCAAAUACAUGGUACCAGAAGAUGGGGGGGCAGAGAGGCAGGGAAGCAGUGUUGUGGCCCUGGGGCCCAGCCCCGAAGUGGGGGCUUUGUACAUAGCUAUGAAGAAAACACAAAGUGUAUAAAUCUGAGUAUAUAUUUACAUGUCUUUUUAAAAGGGUCGUUACCAGAGAUUUACUCAUUGGGUAAGAUGCUCCUGGUGACUGGGAGGCAUCAGUUGCUAUAUAUUAAAAACAAAGAAAAAAGAAAAAAAAGGAAAAUGUUUUUAAAAGGUCAUAUAUUUUUUGCUACUUUUGCUGUUUUAUUUUUUUAAAUUAUGUUCUAAACCUAUUUUCAGUUUAGGUCCCUCAAUAAAAAUUGCUGCUGCUUCAUUU